AUGCGGCGGUACUCGCUGGACAACGUUUCUGCUGUUGUAGUUGUGCUGCAGUCCCCAAGUGCAGCAGCAGCAGCAGAAGGAGACAAAGAGGGCUGGUGGGCAGAAGAGGGAGACCCGGAGGAGCCUUUUAUGGUGCCCAGACACGGCAGCAGCAGCAGCAGCAGCAGCAGCGCGGGCGACCCCCAGCCGCAGCAGCAGCAGCCGCAGCAGCAGCAGCAAAAACCCGAUAGACCCAAGUUCGAUUUUUCAAUCCUCAAGGCAAUGCUGUAG